AUGUCUGAGCCGCGACCCCCGACCACGGCCAGUGAAACCAGCCGGCGCAGUGGACAGAGCGUGGGAAGCCGACAAAGUCGAAAGAGCGCAACGGUGAGUAUCCACUCACGGGCAUCUGAGGUGGACGUGAUGAGAGUUCCCCCUAGACAACGGCCCAUCCGGGACGGAAGCUUUCUUCCCCAGGCCGGGGCUUUCACUGUCACCGGCCUGCCUGGCUACACGGGGUAUGUGCCUGGGAAGGUGGCCGAAAAUGUGUAUGGCUUGACCUUUCAGAAUGCCAACGACCGGGCUGCAGCGGAGGCAAAAAUGCUGCGCACCACAGGCAGACUGCCAAUGUCGUAUGCAGGACGGACGUAUGAUGGUCCCGCUCCUGGUGCUGAGAUUCCUGGCUACACUGGCUUCAUCCCGGGACGGUAUGCUGACAACAUCAUGGGAACCACGUACGCAAAGGGCGCAGAACUUGCGUACUUAGUCAAGAACCAGCAGAUGGCUGAACGCCUUCACCGAGUGCAAUGCUACCGUCAAAUUCUUACGCACGGCAUGUCAGAUCAGCAAACCUGGACCAUCGUUCCAUAUUGGAUGUGCUUCAUAUGGAGCAAGGAGUCGGGCAUGCGUCUAGCUCACCAACGUGUCUCACAUCAGGCCGCAGGCCUCACACUGUCCUUCGUGGUCAUUGCUCUGCAUGGAGUUGCUGCUGUGUGCACCGAGUUUGUGUUCCAAACGGAAGGCUUCGUCUUCGGUCUGUUCUACACCUUUGCUCAGUGCCUAACAUUCGCUGUGCUGGCGCUGGUGCAGUCUGUGGUCAGAGGAUUCCCAAUGCUGAAGCCAUCAGCUCUACGUGGCUCUGCUAUUGCCGGGCUGGCGAUGACAGUUUCCCAUGGCUGCGGCAUUCUGUCAUACAUCUACGUGAAUUAUACGACAGCCAUGGUCUUCAAGAGCGCUAAAGUUCCCAGCGUUCUACUUGGCGCGAGAUGCAUCAACAAAAUGACGUUGACGGCCCGCGAGCUCUUCUGGGCGCUGAGCAUGAUGAGUGGCCUACUUUUCUUUGCUCUGGGAGACGGGCUGGAGUCGGCAAGAUUUACAGCGUUGGGACUUCUGCUCAUUGCGAUCAAUUUGGCGGGUGGUGCGCUGACGGCAAAUUUGCAGCAAAGCAUACUGCAAUCCUCGGCGCACCAGGCACGUGAGGCACCCUCUGUACGUGGCCUUAUGCUGGUGCAGUACGCUGUAGCUUCCACUAUGCUCCUACUGCAGACCUCUAUCAGCGGCGAGUUUUCCGAUGCCUUCCGCUGGUAUCUUCGGAAUGGCACCGCCGCCUUCUACACGCUCUUGGACAAUGUGCUCACAUACUUGGGUCUUGAGGCUGUGAUGUGCAUCACAAAGGAGUUCGAUGCCACGCGAGCAAACGUCGUGUGCUCCGGGAGGAAAGCGAUAACCUUUGUAUUUUCCUACUUGUUCUUCCCGAAGCCUUUCAACAAUUUUCAUGCGCUUGGCCUUGUCCUGACAAUCCUCGGCGGCUGGAAUUUGCAGCGGACAAAGCACGAAAAGCACGAAAAGCGCGAGCGGCAAACCCAACUGCAUCCCGGCAUUUACUAG